GAGUAGAGAGAGGUACAAGGGAAUGUGUGACAUGUUCAUCCAAACACAGCAGACGAGUAGCGUCAACGGCAGCAGCAGCAGCGGCAGCAGCAACAGCAGUAACAACACCGUUCACCCCAGCAAGAAGCGCAAGUUGGACUACAACGUGAGCCAGCCGGUGAUCCAGCACGCAUUGGUCCAAUCGACCAGCGAUUAUCAAUUGGACAAUACCGGUCUGCAACAGCGGUACUCCGUGAACGGUGCUAAUACCGCGUUUAGCUCGCUGCACAACAAUAAUGCGCUGCAGAAGAGUAGUCCGAACCAGCAGACCCUGGUACGAGCCUCGACGAUCAAGCUCUUAGACACGUACCAGCGCUGUGGCCAGAAGAGAAAAACUUGGUCGAGGGAGGGUAAUGGUGACGGCCUGGCAGUCCACUCCGCCAAUGCGACGAAUCCGGUGGGUACUGUAGUGUCGCAGCAUCAUACCCAGCAACAGCAACAGCAGCUGCAGCAACAACAACAGCAGCAGCAGCAGCAACAGCACAGCAAGCAGACAAGCAUGACGGCGCACAGCAAGCAAGUGGCCAACGCGGCCAACGGAGGCGGCGGUGGCAGCAAUCCCCAGGGCGACGGGGAUUAUCAUUUGGUGCAGCACGAAGUUCUCUACUCCAUGACCCACCAAUAUGAGGUCCUCGAGUUUCUCGGCAGAGGUACUUUUGGGCAAGUUGUAAAAUGUUGGAAAAAAGGAACGAACGAAAUAGUAGCCAUCAAAAUUCUAAAGAAUCAUCCAUCGUACGCGCGCCAAGGUCAGAUUGAGGUCUCCAUCCUGUCUCGACUUAGUCAGGAAAAUGCGGAUGAAUUCAAUUUCGUGCGCGCCUACGAGUGUUUCCAGCACAAAUCACAUACCUGUUUGGUAUUUGAAAUGCUGGAGCAAAAUCUCUACGAUUUCUUGAAGCAGAAUAAAUUUUCUCCCCUACCUCUCAAAUUCAUCAGGCCCAUUCUCCAGCAAGUAUUGACCGCACUAUUGAAAUUAAAGCAAUUAGGAUUAAUACACGCCGAUUUGAAACCAGAAAACAUUAUGCUAGUGGAUCCUAUGCGUCAGCCUUAUCGAGUGAAGGUCAUCGAUUUUGGAUCAGCUUCGCAUGUGUCCAAAGCCGUCUGCAAUACCUAUCUGCAAUCACGAUAUUACCGCGCACCCGAGAUCAUACUAGGACUUCCGUAUUGUGAAGCGAUAGAUAUGUGGUCGCUCGGCUGUGUGGUCGCUGAGUUAUUUCUAGGAUGGCCUUUAUAUCCGGGCAGUUCUGAGUACGAUCAAAUUCGAUACAUAAGUCAAACGCAGGGCCUACCAACAGAGCAUAUGCUGAACAACGCUAGCAAAACAACAAAAUUCUUUUACCGGGACAUGGAGAGUACAUAUCCAUUUUGGCGGUUAAAGACACCGGAAGAACAUGAGGCAGAGACUGGUAUCAAAUCCAAGGAAGCAAGAAAAUAUAUUUUUAAUUGCCUUGACGAUAUUGGUCAAGUUAAUGUACCGACUGACUUAGAUGGCGGUCAACUCUUGCCAGAGAAAGCGGACAGGAGAGAGUUCAUUGACCUCUUGAAGAGGAUGCUUACAAUGGACCAGGUAGUAAUAUCUAUGGGCAAGGAGCGCCGUAUAACACCCGGCGAGGCACUGAACCACGCGUUUGUUACUUUGGCACAUCUGAUCGAUUAUGCACAUUGUAACAACGUGAAAGCUUCCGUCCAGAUGAUGGAGAUUUGCAGACGUGCGGGAGACUUUACUGCGAGUCCUGUACAUCAUCAGGCCCCGCCAGCACCUCAGCCACCUCCACCAACGUCUUUAGUGGCCAAUUUUGUACCGACGACGAACGGCAGUGCGGUAACUCUUACUUUUAACAAUCAACUGUCUAAUCAAGUGCAGCGAUUAGUCAGAGAGCAACGCACUGCACAAACAGGAUAUGACAAUCUGUAUCAAAUAUAUAGCAACAGCAGUCGACGGGCGACACAAUAUAGUGGUUCGUCUAGUGGAUCCAAUAGUGGACGAAAUGGCGUACACGAUUUUCCACAUCAACUGGUACCUGGUAUAUUGUGUCCACCGCCUGGUUACCAGACAAUGCCAAGUCCUGCGAAGCACGUAGUUGUCGCUCAACCACCGCAAGCGCAACAAGCGCCUCUGCAGAUACAAUCAUCCAUUAUAUCGCAACAAGCCGUAGCUGCGGCAGCUGCAGCUGCCCAACAACAAUAUGCCGCGGUUCCCGUAUCUAUGGUCGAGACUGGACGGCAAAUGUUGCUUACCACAUCUUGGCCUGGUGGAAGUCGUCAGAUGGCUGCGAUUGUACCAUCGUGGCAGCAAUUGCCAGCGCAGCAUGCAGCCAUUCAGCAACCACUGCUCAGUGAUGCCGGAGAUUGGGGAAGGCCGCUUAUUGUCGAUAGUUCUGCUAUUCUACAGGAUCAGCGGCCGGUAUUUCCUGUCACGGAAGUUUAUAAUGCUAGUGCACUUGUCGAGCAUCCAUCGCAGAGUUGGGGCAAGCGCACUGUUACCAAACACCAUCAGCAUCACGUGACAGUACCUCAGCAGACUCAGCACAGACAUGAACAUAAAAAGGAGACGCAACAACUGAGUCCAGUGAAGAAACGGGUUAAGGAGAGUACACCGCCCAGUAGCAUGCGACGACACUCACCAACGAGCAGCCACUGGCAAGAGCAACCGGUUCAAUCUCAUCAUCACAAUAGCAAACACAACAGUAGUAGUCAUAAUGUGGAGCAUCAGCCGGUCACAUCCGUGCGACAGCAAACUAUCACGAUUGAUGAUACGCCUUCGCCAGCCGUUUCCGUUAUCACAAUCAGUGACAGUGAAGAUGAGGAACCUGGAAAGUGCUGUGGAGACCGUCAGUGCAGCGCCUGUCAAAGUUUGGCAACUCGCCUGUCGGGCGACGGACGUCCUGUCCGUGAAGAAGUCAUACGAAGCACUCAAUCGCCACCGCGCGUUGUACCGACACAACAAUCGACGCAUACGAGCAGUCAGCAGCACGCGAGUGGACACGUUACGACGCAUAGCAGCUCGUCGUCACAUCGAACGCAACGCAAGAAUGUCAUUAGCUGUGUCACUGUUGGUGACAGCGAUGGCGAAGCUAGUCCAAGCCGCACGCAUGCUCAUUUAUAUCUGUCGCAACAUCCGCAACAUCAGCAGACCACACAGCUAAUUAAACAUGAGCCUCAACAACAACAUCACGUUAAUAGUAGCUCGGGGUACUCUUCUCAAUCACAAAAGAAGCGGCUAUUGGCAAAAGUGCAAUCUGAAUGCAACAUGGUGAACGUCGCGACGAAGCCGGAACCCGGUGUCGAGUAUCUUGCGCCACAUCCGUGUCACGCGCCAGCUUGCAAAGAGCCACCGACCUAUCAGGUUAGCUGAGAUUUUUAUUUACUGAUGUUACGUUUAAU